CCGGGGGCGCUGUUCAUGCCGGUUCCCGAGGGCUCGGUGGCCGCCGCGGGGCUGGGGCUGCCGGCCGCGGACUCCCGGGGUCACUACCAGCUGCUGCUGUCAGGCCGGGCCCUGGCCGAGCGCUACCGGAGGAUUUACACGGCCGCGCUCAGUGACAGGGAGCAGGGCGGCGGCGGCGCCGGACACCCGGCCUCCAGGAAUAAGAAAAUAUUAAAUAAGAAGAAAUUGAAAAGAAAACAGAAGAGCAAAUCAAAAGUGAAGACAAGAAGCAAGUCAGAAAACUUGGAGAACACGGUCAUCAUACCAGAUAUUAAAUUGCAUAGCAAUCCUUCCGCUUUCAAUAUAUACUGCAAUGUUCGGCAUUGUGUUCUGGAAUGGCAGAAAAAGGAAACUUCAUUGGCAGUUGCCUCUAAGAACUCUGUGCAGAGCGGGGAGUCAGAUAGUGAUGAGGAGGAGGAAUCUAAAGAGCCCCCGAUCAAGCUGCCAAAGAUCAUUGAGGUGGGACUUUGCGAGGUGUUUGAACUGAUCAAGGAGACUCGGUUUUCUCAUCCAUCCCUGUGUCUCAGGAGUCUCCAAGCCCUGCUUAAUGUGCUUCAGGGUCAGCAGCCAGAAGGCCUGCAGUCGGAGCCCCCAGAGGUCCUAGAGUCUCUCUUUCAGCUCCUUUUGGAAAUCACUGUUCGAAGUACUGGAAUGAAUGACAGCACAGGGCAGUCCUUGACAGCACUUUCCUGCGCAUGUCUCUUCAGUCUGGUGGCUUCCUGGGGAGAAACAGGAAGGACACUUCAAGCUAUUUCUGCUAUCCUCACCAACAAUGGCAGCCACGCUUGCCAAACUAUUCAGGUGCCAACAAUACUAAAUUCGCUCCAGAGAAGUGUACAAGCCGUUUUGGUGGGAAAAAUUCAAAUUCAGGACUGGUUUAGCAAUGGCAUUAAGAAAGCAGCCUUGAUGCACAAGUGGCCAUUAAAAGAGAUAUCUGUUGAUGAAGACGAUCAGUGCCUCCUUCAGAAUGAUGGAUUUUUUCUUUAUCUCUUAUGCAAAGAUGGCUUAUACAAAAUUGGCUCUGGAUACAGUGGGACCGUUAGGGGCCAUAUUUAUAAUUCUACAUCCCGCAUCAGAAACAGAAAAGAAAAAAAGUCUUGGUUAGGGUAUGCUCAGGGUUACUUAUUGUAUAGAGAUGUGAAUAACCACAGCAUGACAGCUAUAAGAAUAAGUCCGGAAACCUUGGAACAAGAUGGCACUGUAAUGUUACCAGAAUGCCAUACUGAAGGUCAAAAUAUUUUAUUCACUGAUGGAGAAUAUAUUAAUCAGAUAGCUGCUUCAAGAGAUGAUGGUUUUGUUGUCAGAAUAUUUGCCACAAGCACGGAACCUGUGCUACAACAAGAAUUACAACUGAAACUGGCCAGAAAAUGCUUACAUGCCUGUGGUAUCUCACUAUUUGAUUUGGAAAAGGACUUGCAUAUUAUAAGUACGGGAUUUGACGAGGAGUCAGCAAUUCUUGGUGCAGGACGAGAGUUUGCUUUAAUGAAAACAGCAAAUGGAAAGAUAUAUUAUACUGGCAAAUACCAGAGUCUUGGGAUUAAGCAAGGUGGUCCUUCAGCAGGAAAAUGGGUUGAGCUACCAAUUACAAAAUCUCCGAAGAUCGUUCACUUUUCAGUUGGACACGAUGGUUCUCAUGCCCUUUUAGUAGCAGAGGAUGGAAGCAUAUUCUUCACAGGCUCUGCUAGUAAAGGAGAAGAUGGAGAGUCAACCAAGAGCAGAAGGCAGUCAAAACCCUAUAAGCCUAAAAAGAUAAUUAAAAUGGAAGGAAAGAUUGUGGUCUAUACAGCCUGCAAUAAUGGAAGUAGUUCUGUUAUUUCUAAGGAUGGAGAACUAUACAUGUUUGGAAAAGAUGCCAUUUACUCUGAUAGUUCAAGUUUGGUAACUGAUUUGAAGGGCCACUUUGUGACUCAGGUAGCAAUGGGCAAAGCUCAUACUUGUGUUUUAAUGAAGAGCGGAGAAGUGUGGACAUUUGGUGUGAACAAUAAAGGGCAGUGUGGACGAGACACAGGCGCCAUGAACCAAGGAGGGAAAGGUUUUGGGGUUGAAAAUAUGGCAACAGCAAUGGAUGAGGACCUGGAGGAAGAACUGGAUGAGAAAGACGAGAAGUCCAUGAUGUGCCCGCCGGGCAUGCACAAGUGGAAGCUGGAGCAGUGCAUGGUGUGCACGGUCUGCGGGGACUGCACCGGUUACGGAGCCAGCUGUGUCAGUAGUGGGCGCCCAGACCGGGUCCCUGGAGGCAUCUGUGGUUGUGGCUCUGGGGAGUCUGGCUGUGCUGUGUGUGGCUGUUGCAAGGCUUGUGCAAGAGAGCUGGAUGGUCAAGAAGCACGGCAGCGAGGGAUUCUUGAUGCAGUGAAAGAGAUGAUACCUUUAGAUCUUCUUUUAGCUGUCCCAGUACCUGGGGUUAACAUUGAAGAACAUCUUCAGUUACGACAAGAAGAAAAACGACAGAGGGUAAUCAGGAGACACAGAUUAGAAGAAGGAAGAGGCCCCCUUGUAUUUGCUGGUCCUAUUUUUAUGAACCAUCGAGAACAGGCUCUAGCCAGACUCAGAGCCCAUCCAGCACAGCUAAAGCAUAAACGGGACAAGCACAAAGAUGGGAGUGGAGAACGAGGAGAGAAGGAUGCAAGCAAAAUCACCACGUACCCUCCUGGCUCAGUGCGGUUUGACUGCGAGCUCCGGGCCAUGCAAGUCAGCUGUGGAUUUCACCAUUCAGUGGUUCUAAUGGAAAAUGGAGAUGUCUACACAUUUGGAUAUGGGCAGCACGGGCAGCUAGGACACGGAGAUGUCAAUUCCAGGGGAUGUCCCACUCUUGUUCAAGCAUUGCCAGGUCCUAGCACACAAGUUACUGCAGGCAGCAACCACACAGCAGUGCUUUUAAUGGAUGGACAGGUCUUCACAUUUGGAAGUUUUUCUAAAGGACAGCUGGGCAGACCCAUUUUGGACGUACCAUAUUGGAAUGCAAAACCAGCUCCCAUGCCUAACAUCGGGUCAAAGUACGGCCGGAAAGCUACCUGGAUAGGUGCAAGUGGGGACCAGACUUUCUUAAGAAUUGAUGAAGCACUUAUUAAUUCUCAUGUGCUUGCUACAUCAGAGAUUUUUGCUAGCAAGCACAUAAUAGGCUUGGUACCUGCUUCUAUAUCAGAACCUCCUCCUUUUAAGUGUCUUCUGAUCAAUAAAAUGGAUGGGAGCUGUAAAACUUUCAAUGACUCUGAGCAGGAGGAUCUGCAAGGGUUUGGUGUAUGUCUUGAUCCUGUGUAUGACGUAAUCUGGAGGUUUCUACCCAAUACGAGAGAGCUCUGGUGUUACAAUGCAGUGGUAGCUGAUGCCAGACUGCCUUGUGUGGCAGAAAUGGAGUCCAGAUGUGGCAUCCUGAGUCCUGAACUUGCCUUACCUACAGGAUCAAGGGCGCUCACCACGCGCUCUCACGCAGCCCUGCACAUUCUAGGUUGUCUCGAUACCUUGGCAGCAAUGCAGGAUUUGAAAAUGGGCGUUGCAAGUACAGAAGAGGAGACUCAAGCAGUAAUGAAAGUCUAUUCAAAAGAAGAUUAUAGUGUGGUCAACAGGUUUGAAAGUCAUGGAGGGGGUUGGGGCUACUCCGCCCACUCUGUAGAAGCCAUCCGUUUCAGUGCAGACACUGAUAUUUUACUCGGGGGGCUUGGUCUGUUUGGAGGUAGAGGAGAAUAUACUGCUAAAAUUAAGCUGUUUGAGUUGGGUCCCGAUGGAGGAGACCACGAGACUGAUGGAGACCUUCUUGCAGAGACUGAUGUGCUGGCCUAUGACUGUGCGGCCAGAGAAAAAUAUGCGAUGAUGUUUGACGAGCCUGUUCUCCUGCAAGCUGGCUGGUGGUAUGUGGCCUGGGCUCGGGUGUCCGGCCCCAGCAGUGACUGUGGCUCUCACGGACAGGCUUCGAUUACCACAGAUGAUGGUGUUGUCUUCCAAUUUAAGAGUUCCAAGAAGUCAAAUAAUGGUACAGAUGUUAAUGCUGGUCAGAUCCCUCAGCUGUUAUACAGGCUUCCAACCAGUGAUGGCAGCACCUCAAAAGGCAAACAGCAGACCAGUGAACCAGUACACAUUUUAAAGAGAUCCUUUGCAAGAACGGUCUCAGUGGAGUGCUUUGAGUCACUGUUGAGCAUUCUGCACUGGAGCUGGACCACCUUAGUCUUAGGAGUUGAAGAACUUAGAGGCCUGAAGGGGUUCCAGUUCACUGCGACGCUCCUCGAUCUAGAGAGACUGCGCUUUGUGGGCACCUGCUGUCUGAGGUUAUUGCGUGUCUACACCUGUGAAAUUUAUCCAGUGUCAGCUUCAGGAAAAGCAGUUGUAGAAGAAACUAGCAAGUUAGCAGAAUGCCUUGGAAAAACCAGAACUUUACUAAGAAAAAUUUUAUCAGAAGGGGUUGAUCACUGCAUGGUGAAGCUGGAUAACGAUCCUCACGGCUACCUCAGCCAGCCCCUGAGUCUCCUGGAAGCUGUCCUUCAGGAAUGCCACAAUACCUUCACCGCCUGUUUUCACUCCUUCUACCCAACGCCCGCCCUGCAGUGGACCUGUCUGUGUGAUCUGCUGAAUUGCUUGGAUCAGGAUAUCCAAGAAGCAAACUUCAAGACUUCAAGUAGCCGACUCCUUGCAGCUGUUAUGUCAGCGCUGUGUCACACUUCUAUUAAACUGACUUCUAUCUUCCCGAUUGCAUAUGAUGGAGAAGUACUACUACGAUCAAUCGUGAAACAAGUUAGCACAGAAAAUGACUCAACUUUAGUCCACCGGUUUCCACUUUUGGUGGCACAUAUGGAAAAACUCAGCCAGAGUGAGGAGAGUAUCUCAGGCAUGACAAGCUUCCGGGAAGUUCUGGAGAAGAUGCUGGUUAUCGUCGUCCUGCCAGUCAGGAACAGCCUGCGGAGGGAAAAUGAGCUCUUCUCCUCCCACCUGGUUUCCAACACCUGUGGGUUGCUCGCCAGCAUCGUCAGCGAACUGACCGCAUCUGCACUGGGCUCCGAGGUUGAUGGGCUGAAUUCUCUCCACUCUGUAAAAGCCAGUGCUAACCGUUUCACAAAAACAAGUCAGGGAAGAAGUUGGAACACUGGGAAUGGGUCUCCUGAUGCAAUCUGUUUUUCAGUGGACAAACCUGGAAUAGUUGUGGUUGGGUUCUCUGUUUAUGGAGGAGGUGGAAUUCAUGAAUAUGAAUUAGAGGUAUUGGUUGAUGAUAGUGAACAUGCAGGAGAUUCAACUCACUCCCACCGGUGGACUUCUCUAGAGUUAGUCAAAGGAACCUAUACGACAGAUGAUUCACCCAGUGACAUAGCUGAAAUUAGACUUGACAAAGUUGUUCCUUUAAAGGAAAAUGUUAAAUAUGCUGUGCGCUUGCGGAACUAUGGAAGCCGCACAGCCAAUGGGGAUGGAGGAAUGACUACCGUUCAGUGCCCCGAUGGUGUCACGUUUACGUUCAGCACGUGCAGCUUGAGUAGUAAUGGCACAAACCAAACCCGAGGACAGAUUCCACAGAUACUGUACUAUCGGAGUGAAUUUGAUGGAGACUUGCAGUCGCAACUUCUGAGUAAAGCCAAUGAAGAAGAUAAGAACUGUAGCCGAGCUCUUUCUGUCGUGAGCACUGUUGUCAGAGCUGCCAAAGACCUCUUGCACCGAGCACUUGCUGUAGAUGCUGAUGACAUUCCAGAGCUGCUUAGCUCUUCCAGUCUGUUCUCCAUGCUGCUCCCUCUCAUUAUAGCUUACAUAGGACCAGUGGCCGCUGCGAUUCCCAAGGUAGCUGUAGAAGUCUUUGGCCUUGUCCAACAGCUGCUGCCCUCAGUUGCCAUUUUGAAUCAGAAAUAUGCCCCGCCGGCUUUCAACCCAAACCAGUCAACCGACAGCACCACUGGUAACCAGCCUGAACAAGGCCUCUCGGCGUGCACGACGUCCAACCACUACGCUGUCAUAGAGAGCGAGCACCCAUAUAAACCGGCAUGUGUUAUGCACUACAAGGUAACAUUCCCAGAAUGUGUACGGUGGAUGACCGUCGAGUUUGACCCUCAGUGUGGCACUGCACAGUCAGAAGAUGUCCUCCGCCUGUUGAUUCCAGUCAGAACCGUUCAGAAUGCAGCAUAUGGACCAAAACUGACCUCUGUCCAUGAACAUCUUAACUCAUGGAUUGAACUAAAGAAAUUCUCAGGCUCCUCGAGAUGGCCUACUAUGGUUUUAGUGUUGCCUGGAAACGAAGCCCUGUUUUCCCUAGAGACUGCGUCAGAUUAUGUGAAAGACGCCAAAGCUUCUUUCUAUGGCUUCAAGUGCUGUGCCGUUGGAUAUGAAUUUAGUCCUGGACCCGAUGAGGGAGUGAUUCAGUUGGAAAAAGAGUUGGCCAAUCUUGGUGGGGUUUGUGCAGCAGCUUUAAUGAAAAAGGAUCUUGCACUUCCUAUUGGUAAUGAAUUAGAGGAAGACCUUGAAAUUCUUGAAGAGGCUGCUUUACAGGUGUGCAAAACACAUUCUGGUAUUCUCGGAAAGGGUUUAGCUCUUUCUCAUUCACCAACUAUAUUAGAGGCCCUGGAAGGAAACUUACCACUUCAAAUCCAGAGCAAUGAGCAGUCGUUUCUAGAUGAUUUCAUUGCCUGUGUUCCAGGAUCAAGUGGCGGGAGGCUUGCAAGGUGGCUUCAGCCAGACUCCUAUGCUGAUCCUCAGAAAACAUCUUUGAUCCUGAAUAAGGACGACAUUCGUUGUGGCUGGCCAACCACCAUAACUGUUCAAACAAAAGACCAGUAUGGGGAUGUGGUACAUGUUCCCAACAUGAAGGUGGAAGUGAAAGCAGUCCCAGUUUCUCAGAAAAAAUCCUCGGUACAACAAGAGCAAGCCAAGAAAACUCAGAGGAUCCCUGGAAGCCCUGCAGUAACAGCUGCAUCGUCUCAUACUGACAUGACUUUUGGGGGACUGGCAUCACCAAAGCUGGACGUUUCCUAUGAACCGAUGAUCGUGAAGGAGGCUCGAUAUAUUGCCAUAACAAUGAUGAAGGUUUAUGAAAACUAUUCAUUUGAAGAACUGCGUUUUGCAUCACCAACCCCUAAGAGACCAAGUGAGAACAUGCUGAUUCGUGUCAACAAUGAUGGCACUUACUGUGCAAACUGGACCCCCGGAGCGAUUGGACUUUACACCAUUCAUGUGACCAUUGACGGCAUUGAAAUAGAUGCUGGCCUAGAAGUAAAAGUCAAAGACCCCCCAAAAGGCAUGAUACCACCUGGAACCCAGCUGGUCAAACCAAAGACUGAACCUCAACCAAAUAAGGUGCGGAAAUUUGUGGCCAAGGACAGUGCAGGGCUCCGUAUCCGUAGCCACCCCUCCCUUCAAAGUGAACAGGUUGGCAUAGUUAAAGUCAAUGGGACUAUCACUUUCAUUGAUGAGAUCCACAAUGAUGAUGGUGUGUGGCUGAGACUGAAUGAUGAGACAAUAAAGAAGUAUGUUCCUAACAUGAAUGGUUACACUGAAGCCUGGUGCCUCUCUUUUAAUCAACACCUUGGCAAGAGCCUUCUGGUCCCUGUUGACGAACCUAAAACUAAUUCCGACGACUUUUUCAAAGACACGAACUCCUGCUGCUCACAGGAAGCAGCCAUGCAAGAGCAGGAGAUGCCAUUCUUGCACGGAGGGCCCGGCAUGUACAAGGUAGUGAAGACCGGACCUUCAGGUCACAACAUCAGAAGCUGCCCCAACCUUAGAGGUAUCCCAAUUGGAAUGUUAGUUCUGGGAAACAAAGUCAAAGCAGUGGGAGAGGUGACCAAUUCAGAAGGUACGUGGGUGCAGCUGGAUAAGAACAGCAUGGUAGAGUUCUGUGAGAGUGAUGAAGGAGAGGCCUGGUCCUUAGCUAGAGACAGAGGCGGCAACCAGUACCUCCGGCAUGAAGAUGAGCAAGUUCUUCUGGAUCAGAAUUCGCAAACCCCUCCACCAAGUCCUUUCUCGGUACAAGCUUUUAACAAGGGAGCAAGUUGCAGUGCCCAAGGAUUUGAUUAUGGUCUUGGAAAUAAUAAAGGUGACCGAGGAAAUGUCUCCACGUCUCCAAGACCGGUCUGUACAUCAGGAAAAGCGGAACCGUCCUCCAAACACAACAAGUCACUUAAACCAGAUGGGCGUGUGAGCCGCACAACCAGUGACCAGAAGAAGCCCCGGGCCACAGAAGGGUUGUCCGCUAGUGAGUCCCUCAUGUUGAAAUCGGAUGCUGCCAAGUUGAGGUCAGACUCUCACAGUAGGUCACUGUCCCCCAACCAUAACACCUUGCAGACAUUAAAAUCGGAUGGGAGGAUGUCUUGUAGCCUCAGAGCCGAGUCCCCGGGACCGGGUUCUCGGUCGUCAUCUCCGAAGCCAAAGACCCUCCCAGCCAACAGGACUAGCCCGUCUGGUGCUAGUUCUCCACGCUCCUCCUCCCCACAUGAUAAAAAUCUACCUCAGAAAACCACUGCUCCCGCGAAGACAAAACUGGAUCCUCCUCGGGAACGUUCCAAGUCGGACUCCUACACCCUGGAUCCAGAUACCCUACGCAAGAAGAAAAUGCCCCUGACCGAGCCAUUAAGGGGGCGGUCAACGUCGCCCAAGCCGAAAUCGGUACCAAAGGAUUCUAAAAGUUCCCCUGGAUCGGAGAAUAGAGCUCCCUCCCCCCACGUGGUGCAGGAAAACCUUCACAGUGAGGUGGUUGAGGUCUGCACGUCAAGCACUUUAAAGACCAAUAGCCUCACAGACAGCACCUGCGACGACAGCGGUGAAUUUAAGAGUGUGGAUGAAGGUUCGAAUAAAGUGCACUUCAGCAUAGGCAAAGCACCACUGAAAGACGAACAGGAAAUGAGAGCUUCGCCCAAAAUAAGCCGCAAGUGUGCUAACAGGCACACAAGGCCCAAGAAGGAGAAAUCCAACUUCCUUUUCAAAAGCGAUGGGUCCAAGCCUUUGGAACCAGCCAAACGAGCCAUGUCCCCUUCUGUGGCCGAGUGUGCCCGCGCGGUCUUUGCCUCUUUCCUUUGGCACGAGGGCAUCGUCCACGAUGCUAUGGCCUGCUCCUCCUUCCUCAAAUUCAACCCUGAGCUCUCCAAAGAACACGCGCCCGUCAGGAGUAGUUUAAAUAGCCAGCAGCCCACAGAGGAAAAGGAAACCAAGUUGAAAAACAGACACUCGUUGGAAAUCUCCUCUGCCCUUAACAUGUUUAAUAUCGCACCCCACGGACCAGACAUCUCUAAAAUGGGCAGCAUCAACAAAAACAAGGUCUUGUCCAUGCUCAAGGAGCCCCCCCUGCACGAAAAGUGUGAGGAUGGAAAAUCCGAAGCCACUUUUGAAAUGUCCAUGCACCACACCAUGAAGUCUAAAUCGCCUCUCCCCUUAACUCUGCAACAUUUAGUGGCCUUCUGGGAAGACAUCUCUCUGGCGACCAUCAAAGCAGCUUCCCAGAAUAUGAUUUUUCCAAGUCCUGGUUCUUGUGCCGUCCUCAAGAAGAAAGAGUGCGAGAAAGAGAAUAAAAAGGCCAAAAAGGAAAAAAAGAAAAAAGAGAAGGCGGAAGUUCGGCCCAGGGGUAAUUUGUUCGGUGAAAUGGCCCAGCUGGCAGUUGGAGGCCCAGAGAAGGACACCAUCUGUGAGCUGUGUGGAGAGUCCCAUCCUUACCCGGUGACCUAUCACAUGAGACAAGCACACCCAGGUUGUGGCCGGUAUGCUGGUGGACAAGGUUACAAUAGCAUUGGACAUUUUUGUGGAGGCUGGGCAGGCAACUGUGGUGAUGGUGGCCUAGGAGGAAGCACUUGGUAUCUGGUAUGUGACCGCUGUAGAGAAAAGUACCUCCGUGAAAAGCAGGCUGCUGCAAGGGAGAAGGUCAAGCCAUCCAGGAGAAAGCCAAUGCAAGUCAAGACUCCCCGGGCCCUGCCCACGAUGGAAGCGCACCAGGUGAUUAAAGCCAAUGCGCUCUUCCUGCUGUCGCUGAGCAGUGCCGCGGAGCCGAGCAUCCUGUGCUACCACCCCGCGAAACCCUUCCAGUCACAGCUGCCCAGCGUGAAAGAGGGCAUCUCUGAGGAUCUGCCCGUGAAGAUGCCUUGUCUUUACCUGCAGACACUAGCUAGGCAUCAUCAUGAAAAUUUUGUGGGCUAUCAAGAUGACAACCUAUUCCAGGAUGAGAUGCGGUAUCUUCGUUCCACGUCCGUCCCUGCCCCGUACAUCUCGGUGACUCCUGAUGCCAGCCCGAAUGUGUUUGAGGAGCCAGAGAGCAAUCUGAAGUCUAUGCCUCCGAGCCUGGAAACGAGUCCCAUAACUGACACUGAUCUGGCAAAAAGGACUGUCUUCCAAAGGUCAUACUCGGUCGUUGCUUCUGAGUACGAUAAACAGCACUCCAUUCUACCUGCCCGAGUUAAAGCCAUUCCCCGGAGAAGAGUUAACAGUGGAGACACUGAAGUUGGUUCUUCUCUCUUGCGACAUCCAUCUCCUGAGCUCUCCCGACUGAUCUCAGCCCACAGCUCUCUGUCCAAAGGAGAGCGGAACUUCCAGUGGCCAGUUUUAGCUUUCGUUAUACAGCAUCAUGAUCUAGAAGGCCUUGAAAUAGCCAUGAAACAGGCCUUACGUAAAUCUGCUUGUCGAGUUUUUGCUAUGGAGGCUUUCAACUGGCUUCUGUGUAAUGUCAUCCAAACAACGUCUCUCCAUGACAUUCUGUGGCAUUUUGUGGCUUCACUGACCCCUGCUCCGGUGGAACCAGAGGAAGAAGAAGAUGAGGAAAAUAAAGCGAACAAAGAAAGCACCACGGAACAGGAGAAGGAUACCCGCGUGUGUGAGCACCCCCUCUCAGACAUAGUGAUCGCCGGGGAAGCCGCGCACCCGCUGCCACACACCUUCCACCGCUUGCUGCAGACCAUCUCCGACCUCAUGAUGUCCCUCCCCAGUGGCAGCUCACUACAGCAGAUGGCCCUACGAUGCUGGAGUCUCAAAUUCAAGCAAUCCGACCACCAGUUCCUCCACCAAAGCAACGUCUUUCAUCACAUUAACAAUAUUUUGUCAAAAUCAGAUGAUGGAGAUAGUGAAGAGAGUUUUAGCAUCAGUAUACAGUCUGGCUUUGAAGCGAUGAGUCAGGAAUCAUGCAUUGUAAUGUGCUUGAAGGACUUAACCAGCAUUGUCGACAUUAAAACAUCAAGCCGACCUGCCAUGAUUGGCAGUUUGACUGAUGGCUCCACAGAAACCUUUUGGGAAUCAGGAGAUGAGGAUAAAAACAAAACCAAGAACAUCACCAUCAACUGUGUCAAAGGAAUCAACGCCCGCUAUGUGUCUGUCCAUGUGGACAAUUCCCGCGAUCUCGGAAAUAAAGUUACCUCAAUGACCUUCUUAACCGGCAAAGUAGUAGAAGAUUUGUGCAGAAUCAAGCAGGUGGAUGUGGACUCCAGGCACAUUGGCUGGGUCACAAGUGAGCUUCCAGGAGGCGAUAACCACAUCAUCAAAAUUGAACUGAAGGGCCCAGAAAACACACUGAGAGUUCGACAAGUGAAAGUGCUGGGCUGGAAGGAUGGAGAGAGCACUAAGAUUGCUGGCCAGAUCUCGGCCAGUGUGGCCCAGCAGAGAAACUGUGAAGCGGAGACCCUGCGAGUGUUCCGACUGAUCACAUCUCAAGUAUUUGGAAAGCUCAUCUCGGGAGAUGCUGAGCCCACCCCAGAACAGGAGGAGAAGGCCCUGCUGUCAUCACCUGAAGGAGAGGAAAAAGUAUACAAUGCAACAUCCGAUGCUGACCUGAAAGAACACAUGGUUGGAAUUAUAUUCAGCAGAAGUAAACUGACCAACUUACAAAAACAGGUGUGCGCGCACAUCGUCCAGGCGAUUCGCAUGGAGGCCACCAGGGUGCGUGAAGAGUGGGAGCAUGCCAUAUCAAGCAAAGAAAAUGCCAACUCUCAGCCGAACGACGAAGACGCCUCCUCCGAUGCUUACUGCUUCGAGCUGCUGUCCAUGGUUCUGGCGCUGAGCGGCUCCAACGUCGGCCGGCAGUACCUGGCGCAGCAGCUCACUCUGCUGCAGGACCUCUUUUCCCUGCUGCACACAGCCUCGCCUAGAGUCCAGAGACAGGUGACUUCCUUACUAAGGCGAGUUUUGCCAGAAGUAACCCCAAGUCGGCUGGCCAGCAUCAUCGGUGUGAAAUCCCUCCCCCCGGCAGAUAUCAGUGACAUCAUCCAUUCAACAGAGAAAGGAGACUGGAAUAAGCUCGGGAUCUUGGACAUGUUUCUAGGGUGCAUUGCCAAAGCACUCACCGUUCAGCUGAAAGCCAAAGGAACCACCAUCACCGGAACGGCAGGCACCACCGUGGGAAAAGGAGUUACAACAGUUACCCUGCCAAUGAUUUUUAACUCCAGUUACAUUCGACGAGGCGAAAGUCAUUGGUGGAUGAAGGGCUCAACGCCUACCCAGAUCUCAGAGAUCAUUAUUAAGCUCAUUAAGGAUAUGGCCGCAGGUCAUCUGUCAGAAGCCUGGUCCCGAGUGACGAAAAACGCCAUUGCAGAAACCAUCAUUGCCCUGACCAAGAUGGAAGAGGAAUUCAGGUCUCCAGUAAGAUGCAUUGCCACAACCAGGCUCUGGCUCGCUCUCGCGUCGCUCUGCGUUCUCGACCAGGACCAUGUAGACCGCCUCUCCUCGGGGAGAUGGAUGGGGAAGGAUGGGCAACAAAAACAAAUGCCUAUGUGUGACAACCACGACGAUGGAGAAACAGCCGCCAUCAUUCUGUGCAACGUGUGUGGGAACCUGUGCACUGACUGCGAUAGAUUCCUGCAUCUCCAUCGUCGCACCAAAACCCACCAAAGACAGGUCUUCAAAGAAGAAGAAGAAGCUAUCAAGGUUGACCUUCAUGAAGGUUGUGGCAGAACCAAAUUGUUCUGGUUGAUGGCACUAGCAGAUUCUAAGACAAUGAAGGCAAUGGUGGAAUUCCGAGAACACACAGGCAAGCCAGCCACAAGUAGUUCAGAGGCGUGUCGUUUCUGCGGCUCCAGGAGCGGGACCGAGCUCUCUGCUGUCGGCAGCGUCUGCUCUGACGCCGAUUGCCAGGAAUAUGCUAAGAUUGCCUGCAGCAAGACCCACCCCUGUGGUCACCCGUGUGGGGGCGUGAAGAACGAGGAGCACUGCUUGCCCUGCCUGCACGGCUGCGAUAAAAGUGCAUCGACGCUGAAGCAAGAUGCCGACGACAUGUGCAUGAUAUGUUUCACCGAAGCGCUCUCAGCGGCACCAGCCAUUCAGCUGGACUGUAGCCAUGUGUUCCACUUACAGUGCUGUCGACGAGUUUUGGAAAACAGGUGGCUUGGUCCAAGGAUAACAUUCGGAUUUAUAUCUUGUCCCAUUUGCAAGAACAAAAUAAAUCACAUAGUAUUGAAAGACCUGCUUGAUCCAAUCAAAGAACUCUAUGAGGAUGUCAGAAGGAAAGCCUUAAUGAGACUGGAAUACGAAGGGCUGCAUAAGAGCGAAGCGAUCACAACUCCUGGGGUCAGGUUUUAUAAUGACCCAGCUGGCUAUGCCAUGAACAGAUACGCGUAUUACGUCUGCUACAAAUGCAGAAAGGCAUAUUUUGGUGGCGAAGCACGCUGUGAUGCUGAGGCUGGACAAGGGGAUGACUAUGAUCCUAGAGAGCUCAUUUGUGGUGCCUGUUCUGAUGUGUCCAGGGCUCAGAUGUGUCCCAAACAUGGUACGGACUUUUUGGAAUAUAAAUGCCGCUACUGCUGUUCAGUGGCUGUCUUUUUCUGUUUUGGAACAACACAUUUUUGUAAUGCUUGUCAUGAUGACUUUCAAAGAAUGACAAGCAUUCCUAAGGAAGAACUACCACACUGUCCUGCAGGUCCCAAAGGCAAACAGCUGGAAGGAACUGAGUGCCCCCUCCACGUGGUCCACCCUCCGACUGGGGAAGAGUUUGCGCUGGGCUGUGGAGUGUGCCGGAAUGCUCACACUUUUUAGAAGACUCAGAUUCCUUUGUCUCCAGAGAGGACAGGUGCCUCCAUUCCCCGAGAGGAUGUGGUGAAGUUUAAACUCUGCUCAGGAUACGGCGGGACCAUUUUUACACCCUCGAACAUGCACCAUUCACAAUGCAAGAAGGAUGCCAAAUACCAUGUACAUAAUUCUUGCUGUGGAAAGUUUCCCUGUUAUUUUGGUUUUAGCUUCUUUUUGAACCAAGACAUCAGAUCUGUGAGGUGUUUGCAUGUGACCAUUCCCGUCAUCGACUGUGAGGCAUUGGGCAUUUAUAGAUAAUUGACAUAAAAGAAUCGCCAUGCCCAUGGACUAAGAAUGAUGCUUAAAAGCAAAGAAAAAUAAAAAGAAAAGAAAAAUAAUCAUUGAAUAUUGUAUACUGCCUUUUUGUAACCCUGUACAAUUGCAUCAUGGGUGGGGAUAAAAAGAGGAAUAUUCUGGUUUAUUUCCUAGACUGUUAUUUAAAAAAACAAUGUGUAAGGCGGUAUAUAAAUGUAAUAAGUAUCACACUGUAUAUAAAGAUAUCAAUGUUUGUCCUGUAUAAGAAUUACUAAAUUACAAAUGCAAUUUCAUUUAAACUUCUAGGUUAAGUUUGAGCCUGAAAUUUUAAUGAAGUGCAAUACUGAGUGUGCCUCAUUAUCUUGCAACUGUAAACAUAUUGGAAUGUACAUGUCAAUAAAACCACUGUACAUUUUUAUACAGUGAUAAAGUCUAA